UAUUCCAAUUGCAGUUAUUUGCAAGUAUCUCCUUCAUUUAUGAUUCUAAAAUCAAAGUUGAUUUGCAGGUGGGAGACUCAAAUAUGUCCUGUGCCCCACCAGAGCAACCAGUCCCGGAUAUAGAUUGGAACUCGCUCUUGCUCAGGCCAGUACACUCGCAGAUGCAAAAAGUGUUGGAUCCUUUCUGCAUGUCUUCUUUUGACGCCAAUGAACCAAACUACCUUUAUGACGGGGUGGCUUGGCAAAAUGGCACAAUUGAUUCAGACGCCUAUGAACCAAACUACCUUUAUGACGGGGUGGCUUGGCAAAAUGGCACAAUUGAUUCAGACGCCUAUGAACCAAACUACCUUUAUGACGGGGUGGCUUGGCAAAAUGGCACAAUUGAUUCAGACGCCUAUUGUUCUGAGUUAUGGGAUCUAAUGCCUGAUGAAUCCCUGCGUAAUGAUCCUAGCAGUCAAAAGACUCUCGCUUUUGACCCAAGACCAUGGUUCAUGGAAUCUGAUAAGGACGACGGAUCACACAGUGCAACAAAUGCAAAAAAGCUCAAUGCACUGUUUGAUUCAACGGUUCAAGAUUCUAUGAGGUCUGUAGAGAUCAAUACAGAAGCUGUUUCAUCAGGGUCCUAUAUUGAUGGAGGUACUUCUUCAAUCAGAUCUAGCUAGACUCUGAUUGAAAAUCUCAACAGUUUGAAAACUCAAUUAUUUCUCUCAACUAGUAAACCAAUUCCAAUUUCAAAUCCAGUUAUCUCAAUUGUCAAAGCCAAUUCCAAUUCCAGUUCCGAUUUAAAAACAAUCCCAACAAGUAAAAAAACCCCCAAGGUGUAAACCUAUUUGAAAUCAAUCCUAUUCAUUGAUUCCAAUUAGUUAUUCCUUUUCAGCCUAAGAAUCCCAAAUGUUCCUCUCAAUUGUCUCAAUCCCAGCAAGUGAAUUACAAUCUUCUCGAGUGUUUAGAAACCCAAGAAAACAAUUUUCUUGGAAAAAACCCUUUGUGUCGAUUGUUUUUACUACUGAACCAGAACUCUCCCAAGAAAUUAUCCCACUUUCCAUUUCUACACAAACUCUCCCUCCAAAGUAUGCCAAGUGAUGCCAACUGAAGUUGAUCUUCGGCCAAUGGCCACCUUACUUUUCGAUCUUCGGCCUAUGGCCACCCUUUCGAUCUUUGGCCUAUGGGCACCUUACAAUCUUAUGGCCUAUGGCCACGUUACUUUUCGAUCUUCGGCCUAUGGCCACCCUUUCAAUCUCUGGCCUAUGUUUAACCUAUGGCCGCCUUACAUUUUUCCGAAUAUGAUUAGUCAAUUAAUUGGUUUCUUCUGCCGAUGGGUGGUUGAAUACCGACAUCUCACGUUGGUACUUAACCUGGAUCCUUGGCCUAUGGCCAUGUUACUUUUAUCCAAAUGUGAUUGGUCAGUUUAUCGGCAUCUUCUACCGACGACUGCCUUGUGAGGGUUGAAUGCUAACCCUAGAGGGUAAGUACUCAACUCUAAGUUAUCAAGUUACCAAGAAUUUGAAGUCAAAUGUGCUUAGUCAGUUUACCGGCAUAUUCUACCGACGACUGCCCAAUGAGGGCUGAACCCUAGAGGGUCAGUACUCAAACCUAAGUAUCAAGAAUUUGAACUCAAAUGUUAUUGGUAAAUUUAGUCAACCCUAUGUUAUCAAGUUA